AUGCUGCCGUCUAUAGACACUCGGGCCUUGGAGCCGCCCACGUCGGCAACGACCGUGGCUACGACCGUGGCAUCCAGCGUCAGCCACCUCUGCCACUUUGUGCACGAGUGGCUCGACUUUCGCGUGCCAGAGCUGCUCGCGGCGGCCGAGGCGGUUGGCGUUGACGUCUCUGCGACCGACGCCGACAUCGACGAGCUCUCUGCCGGCGCGGGCGGCGUCUACCUCCCCGUGAGCUGCUCCAGCGGCUCCGCCGGCCUAGCGCGAGUCGCGGCGCGCGCGGUGCUCGUCAAGCGCUUCGUCGAGGUGUGGGCGAGCGGCGCCUCGAUUGCCGAGCUGGAGGGGCGGCUCCGCGCGUGCCCGGCCGAGGUGUACGCGCCGUACCUGCGCGAGGGGUCGAGCUUCAAGGUGGUGGUGGACGGGUACGGCGGGAGCGCGAGCGAGCCGGACCGCCUCGAGCUGAUCACGCGCCUCGCCAAGCUGCUCUCUCCUCGCGGCAAAGUGCGGCUCAAGUCGCCCGACUACACGCUCGUCCUGCUCGUGGACUUUGUCGGUCCUGCUGCUGGUGGGACUGCCGGCGACGCGGCGGCGGGCGCGGGCGGCGGCGGCGGUGGCCGCGGCGGUGACCGCGGCGGUGAGGGCGGCGGUGAGGGCGGCGGUGACGGCGGCGGCGGCGGUGGUGGUGGUGGCGGCGGCGGCGGCGGCGGUGGCGGCGGCGGCGGCGGCGGGCCCGCCGCGGCUGCCUUCCGCUUCUACUUUGGGCUCGAGGCUUGCGCACGCCCCGCACUGCUACCUUGGCAGCCACACUUGGGAAGAUGGGGCUGGCUCCGGACGGGUGUUGGCGUUGGGCAGCGGGAGCUGGUCGGUCGACUCGACCUCAAGCGGCGGAACUACAUUGGCACCACCUCCCUCGACGCGGAGCUCUCGCUCGCGACCCUCGCCGACCUCUUCUCCCUCGCCACGGCCUCUCUCGUCCCGGGCGGGCGGCUGGUCUUCCUGCUGCCGUGCACCCUCCCCCUCGCCGAGUCCCUUGCCCUCCUCCCGCCUCACCCGACGCUCGAGGUGGUCGGCGCGUGCGAGCAGCGCAUGGCGGCGCGCUGGUCGCGCUGGUGCGUCACCAUGAUCCGGUCGGCCGACGGCUCGGCCGAGGCGACGACGAACGGCGCCGAACCCUCUCCCGCCGGCGAGGAAGCGGCGGUGCCGGACUUGCGCCGCACUAUUUUUGAGCGGAGAUGCGGCGGCGGCGGCGCAGCGGCGGACAGGCCCGUUGCGCCCGUCCUCCACCCAGAGCUGCAGGAGAAGGUUGCGCGCCGACGGGCGGGCUAUUCGCGCAACGGGCCGCCGGCGCCUGAGGCAUGCGCACAGAACGGCGGAUAGCGCGUGCGUGGCGAAUGCACGCCGGUUCGUCACCACGAGUCGGGGCGUUGGGUCCAUUUUUUUUAUCGAAAUGCAUGCACAUGCAUAU